UACAGUUUUUUUAUUGCAACCUUGCACUCGAUAAGUUUAACUUAUAAGUAGUUUCGGACGUUGAGUAAUUCCAAUAACAAUGACAAUGUGGACGGUGGUCGUGUUCUCUGUGAUAUCGAUUUUGGUGCCGGUGAAAUCAGAUUUAACAUUGGAAAAAGCUUUGAGUGAAAGGGACAAGUUGAUACAAAAGGAAAUAAACAUGAUGAUCGGAAGUGAUAUAAGCUUGGAUGACACAGAGGAACAGGCGAACGAAAUUAUAAUGAAUUUGAAAACAACUGAACUAGACUACGGAUUCGCGAAUCCCCAGUUUUACAAUUUUUCCAAACAUUUCUUUGAAUAUAAAGAUGUAGUGAAGAAGUCUGCAUUAUACAAAAUUAUUAAACAAAUGCCUAAAGGUGCGGUGUUGCAUGCCCACGAUACAGGCAUUUUAAGCCCAGAUUAUGUUUUAGCACUAACGUAUUGGAAAAAUUUGUAUGUGUGUUUUGAAGAAAAUCAUCUGCAUUUAUUGUUUUCAAGCGAUACACCUGAUGUUGAUUGUAUGACUCAAUGGCAACUCAUGAAAAAUGCUCGAUAUUCUUCGGGAAAUAUUGAAAAGUUCGAUGCUGAGCUUAGAAAAUAUUUUACGCUUCUAACCGAUAAACCCAACGAAACUUAUAGUGAUAUUAAUUUGGUGUGGAGUAAGUUUGCUCAAUAUUUUAUUGUGAGUACUUCCCUGUUUACGUAUAAACCAGUUUGGGAACAAUACUUUUAUGAUACUUUAAAAGCUUUAAGAGAAGAUAAUGUUAUGUAUCUCGAAAUAAGGAGUGUUCUACCGCAUCUAUAUGAUAUAGAUGGAAAAGUUUAUGAUGAACUAGAAACAGCAAGAUCUUAUAAAAAGGUCGUGGAAAAAUUUAUGGAGGAUUAUCCCGGUUUCUUUGGAGCAAAACUUAUCUAUGCUCCAUUAAGAUCUGUAGAUUCUAGAAGGGUGAAUGGCUACAUAAAAAUUGCAAAGAAAUUAAAAGACGAAUUCCCAGAUUUCUUAGCCGGUUUUGAUUUGGUUGGUCAAGAAGAUUUAGGCACACCAACGAAAGAUUUCUUAAAAGAAUUGGUCAAAGAAAAAAAUACAUUUGAUUAUUUCUUUCAUGCGGGUGAAACGAAUUGGUACGGGACGAGUUCGGAUGAAAAUAUAGUUGAUGCAAUCGUUCUGAACGCUCGGAGAAUUGGUCAUGCUUUUGCUCUCAUCAAGCACCCAGUUUUAAUAGAAGAAGUUAAAAAGAGAGAUAUUGCAAUAGAAGUGAAUGUUAUAUCGAACGCAGUGCUGAAGUUAGUUGAGGAUGUCCGAAAUCAUCCGUUAGCUAGUUUCAUAGCCCAGGGUCUGCCUGUUGUUAUAUCUAGUGAUGACCCAGGUUUGUGGGAAGCAGAUCCUUUAUCUCAUGACUUCUAUGUGACGUUUGUUGGUGUCGCGAGUCGACACGCUGAUAUUAAACUCCUUAAGCAGUUAGCACUUAAUUCAAUAUACUAUAGCACGUAUAGGAACAAAGAUAAAAUGGUACACGAAUUCGAUAAGCGCUGGGCGAAGUUUGUACAUAAUGUAGUUAAGGGUCAUUUGUAAAUACAAAAUAAUUCUGUAAAAUAUCAAAUUGUAUAAUGAUUAAUGAUAAGCUAUUGUAUACUAUUAUUACCUGAAUAAAUUAAUGAUAACGCAAAUCUCAGAUAAGAUAUUCUAACUAUAAGUAGGU